GUUGGCAUCCAGUGCCAAUUUUUCUGGACAAGCUGAGAGUAUGUUGAUCCCUGGGAAUGUGGCAGGUGUAGCCAAGCAGUUCCUCCGCUGUGUGUUUCACCAGCUGGCCCCGAAUGGCAUCUUACCCCAACUCUUCCAGAGCAACAUCAAAGAUGGAAGUUUUCUGCGAACCCUCGCGUCCUCCCUGAUAGAUUUUAAUGAACUGAGCUCAGUUGCUGCACUCAACAUGCUGCUGGAGGGCCUGAACAACAAGAAGAGUCUGCCAGCAGGGGGCACAAUGCUUCACUGCCUGGAAAACAUUGCCACAUUCAUGGAGGCUCUCCCCAUGGACUCUCCUAGUAACCUGUGGACGACAAUCUGCAACCAAUUCCAGACCUUUCUCACAAAGCUGCCCUCUGUGCUUCCUCUGAAGUGCCCCAUGGAUUCCAGCUUGAGGAUUAUCAUUUGUCUGCUGAAAAUCCCAACUACAAAUGCAACCCGGAGCCUUCUGGAGCCGUCCUCCAAGCUGCUGAGCUUUGUCAUCCAGUAUGGCAUGUUCAGUCUCUCCUACCUCGUAGAACUAUGUGGACUGUGUUACAAAGCCUUCAAUAAGGUACAGUUAAGCCUGCUUACAUGA